GAACCGGACAGGCAGAACCGGGUUAUUCAGGGUGGGAUUAGAGCAGAGCACGGGGUGACCGUAUCGUGACGGCCGGAAAACACAAGAAUCUCGUGGUAGCAGAGAGCCAAGGGACAGGCAGCACAUCAAACAGGCCGUGGGGAGGGAGGCAGCGCGGGGAGAGCCGGGGAUGGAGGCUCAGGCUCCCCGUGCCCGGCUCCAGGAAUGUCCCGGUUCCCCUCGUGAUUGGCUGCGGGAUGGAGGAGUCAGUUUUCACGGGGGCUGAUCAGCAAGUUCCCUUUUGCUUUCCAAAGUCUCUGUCUGAGCGGAGCCAUCGGGAAGAGGAGGCCGGGCGCUCUCACAUUCCUGGAGAAAACUGCUCCGAGGAGAUGAGAAGGCUCCUCUCCCCAAGGAUACACGGCCAGGAACAGGCGCCGAGGGGCCGCUUUCCUUCUUUUCUCCCCCGGGCCGAGCGCAGCAGCUCUCAUUCCUGGCAUGCGGCUCAUCCCUCAGGAUACCAUGUCCCAGUAUUCCACUAACUUCCUCCUGCUGCCCAUCCCGGAGUACCCCGUGGGUGACCUUGUGCCCAACAAGAUCAUCAAGCUCGUGGUGCUGGGCGGCAGCAGCGUCGGCAAGACAGCCCUGGUUGUGCGUUUUCUCACCAAGAGAUUUAUUGGGGACUAUGAAGCCAACACUGGUGAGUUUGCUCUCUCCAGCAGGACUGCAGAUAUCCCGCGGCACCGCCGUGGCUCUGUCUGCUCCCUGUUUUCCUAACAUCCCCCUCUUGCUUUGGCGCAGGACGACACCGACAGCAUCUGCUGCCAGGAGCAGAUAAACCGCUCCAUCUACUGGGCCGACGGCUUCGUGUUCGUGUACUCCAUCACGGACUACGAGAGCUACCGCGUGCUGCGCCCGCUGCACCAGCACAUCCGCAGGAUCCACCCCAACGCCAACAUCCCCCUGCUGCUCGUGGCCAACAAGGGCGACCUGCUGCGGGCCAGGCAGGUGUCCUCCAAGGAGGGGCUGCAGCUGGCCGGGGAGCUGGGGGGCACUUACCACGAGGUGUCGGCCCGGGAGAACUGCGAGGGUGUGCACGAGGCCUUCCAGCAGCUGUGCCAGGAGCUCAGCAGGAUCAUCGGCAGCUGCAACGGAGAGAAGCGCCGCGGCCUCCACCUCGUCCGGCCCAAGUCCCCCAACAUGCAGGACCUGAAGAGACGCUUGAAACAGGCCCUGACCUCCAAAGGGAAAUCUGCCACCGCGCUCUGAGGGAGCCACAGCAAUUGUUUUCCCCAGAAAGGCGACGAGCUGUAACAAUUUAGGUUGUGUGAGAGGCUCUUUCACUUGGUCUUCACAUCUUCCUAUAAAGUCUGAGCUGGUUCUGCAAAGGAACCUACAGAACUUACUGGGUCUGCAGAGGAACUCACAGAAUUUGCUCUUUGAGACAAGAAUUUGCAAACUGCGAUUUUUAAAAAUAGGUUUUGUUCCCAGUUUUUUCCAUUUUGAAAGGGACAUAGUCAAAUGGUUUAAUCUUCAAAAGUGGAUUUCAUUAAUAAAAGUAAUUAAAUCCUGCUUCUCUUGGGGAUGGUGGUGUUCCCAAACACAGGCAAUGAACUGCAGCAGGGCACGAGGAGAACGACGUGAGCUGUAUUGAGCAAGCAAAAGGUACCAGAUUUGAUUGGUCACAAGAGUGGAAAAUAAAGGCAAAAAGUCAAUGAAGAGCAUAAAUAGCAAAAAGUAGUAACUGAAAAGUUUUAAAUGGCGGUUUAGAAAGUGUUCUUAGAAACUUAGGGAGAGAUUUGUUCAAAUGCAAGCUUCAGCCUUACAGGGUCUCUUCAAAGGGAGCUUUUAUAUCACUAUUUUUCCAGGUUAUUUUUCUUUAAAAGCAUGUUGACUGUUUCUGAAAGUGAUUAUUUGGGCAAAAUAGGUCCUUGGAGCAGCAUUUUGUAGGCAGUUUCUCACGCUUCUCAUUCUUUUGAAGGUUUCCUACAUGCCAACAAGAGAGGGACAAAUAGAUCAGAGUGGUUUAAAAUCUGCCCAAAACCAGACUGUAUUGAUCAAGAGCAAGGAGGUCACCCAAAACUACUGAACUUUUUUUUCCCAAGCUAGUUAGACUUCAAGUUCAAGAUGCUGUUUUAAAGAAACAAGGCCUUCAUGUGAAGUAUGUUUAAAUCAUUAGUUUUGGGGGCUUUUUUGAAGACGAAAAUGUUUUAUGAUGCCUGAAAUUUUUGGCUUCGUGAAUUCCUGAUUUUGUUGUUUUCCUGAAGACCAGACCUCCCUGGGUACCUCACAGAGCAUCCAGAUCAUAUUAACACACACUUCAGUGGCAGUGCCUCAGUUGUGUCCCAGCAUUCCAAGGAUUUGAAGCUGUAUCCCAUGAGCUGCCCUGGUUUAUGGGUCCAGUAACAACAACAUGAACUUCCAUAAUUCUGUUCUCAGUGAGAGGGGUUGGACCAGGUAAAAUUCAUGAUGCAACAACCCUUCCUUCAAACAGACCCAUGUGAGCAACUCACAGGACCAUGAAAUGAAGCUCAAUGAUUUAUACUCAGAGCCACAGAAGGGAACCCCCAGGUUUGAUGGAUAUACAAAAACACUCCCAGCUGCAGUUUCAGCUGGAAAUACUGAUCUAAAUCAACCUUCUACUCAUCCUGAGCAGCACAAAUGUAAAUUGAAUCUGAUGAGGAUUUGUGGAGCCCAGGACUUGAAAAUGUAUUUUAUAUUUGUUGUGUCCCCACAUUAGACAACUCUGCUCACCUGGAUUGCCUUUAUCUAGAGCUCACUUUCUGGUUUAUUUAUUGUUCUCCACAGCUGGGCAUUGAGAAUGUCUUGUGUUCUGAUUAAUUUUAAAUUCUUUUAUUCCCACAAAUGACCUGCACCUGUUUUUAAAUUCUGUUUCAAGUGGUGGUAGGAGGAGAAAAGGAAAGUUCAGUCACCCAGAUGGGGUCUCCAAGGAUGUCAGGGGAUUUCUACUUUGGCUAACGGUUAAUUAACAGUCUAAUGUUUGAGCAGUGUCAUUAGUCAUCACAGGCACUUCAGAAUGGUAUUUAUGGCACAGAAUUUCAAUGUUUUAAGUUACUGAUAGCACAGCUCAAAUAUUGAAUCUAAAGAUUCAAUAGCUCAAAUAUUGAACCCAAAGAUUCAAUAUCAUGAAACAGAGCAGUUCGUCAGAGACAUACAAACCGAAGUAUUUUUCUAUUGGAAAAAUGAUCACCAAUUUUGAAUGGCAAUUAAGUAUUUUGCCAUCCCAGGGCUGUAUAACAAGGGCUAAAUGUGCUGAAGACAAUUUGCUGGCAUUUGUUUUCAUAAAAGCCUAAGAGGUUUUGGUGCUCCAGCCUGUGAGAUUUGUUUGUAACUCACUCCUUCAGCUCUGAUCCUUUCUUAUUUGGGAAGAAAGUUCAUCCAAUUUCAAACCUGUCAAAGUUUUAUUUUCAUUAGUGAUUAAUAAAACCAUGCAAGGUCUUUCCUGA